GUUAACCCCAUAACCACUUAUUUGUUUGUCUGUUUGUGUUUUACAUGGCUUACAUUUUUAGAACCAUGCACGGUUCCACAAUCUCUUCGUCUUGAGGCCAUCAGCUGCGAAACAGCAACUGUCUCGUGGCGUCCACCAAAGGUCAACAAUGGAGCCGAGAGUUACGUCAUUCAGUUCACCCAAGAGCCAGCGCCGCAAUUUGCAUAUUGGAACAGGUACAAAGUCGGACAGUCAACCAAGUUUACGCUGACUGAUUUGCUUCCGGAUACCAGAUACAUCCUUUGCGUGUCUGCUGAACACAACUACGGCCUAGCUGCGAUGUCGAAGUCGAUUCGUUUCCGCACAAAACGCUGGUGGGCCGACGACGACAGCACAUGUCUUCAGCUACCUAAUGCAAACCGUCGUUUGUCAAUGGCGAGCGUGAUUUCUUCGUUGAGUGCGCUAAGGUAG